AUGAACGGAACUGGAGAACACAAUCCAGCAGGACUGGCUCGAACUGUGUGGGAUCAGGAGAAGCAGGCGUACAAGUUUCCUUCGCUGAAAGAGAAUCUGUCUGCGGAUGUGGUGGUGAUUGGGGCCGGGAUAAGCGGAUUGAGUAUCGCCUACAAUCUCAGCAAACAAGGGAAGAAGGUGGUUGUUCUGGAAGGCAGGUCCCGUGGAAGUGGGCAGACUGGAAGGACAACAGCCCAUCUCAUGAUGUGGAACGAUGACUACUACCAUCAGGUGGAGAAACAGUUUGGGGCAGAUGUCAUGUCCCGGGUGGCCGACAGUCACCGCACCGCAAUAGACUUUGUGGAAAAUACUGUGGCAACAGAGGGGAUCAGCUGCGAAUUCAAGAGGACGGACGGGUAUCUAUUCCCUCAGUCAGACUCCAAGGUCGACAUGGAAAUGAUUGACAAGGAGCUGGACGCUGCUAACCGCGCUGGCUUGAUCGGUGUACGCAAGGUAGACUUAGGAGGGCAGCACACAGUCGGAGGCAUCCGCGAAGCACUGCUCUUCCCAGACUGUGCAGACUUCCAGCCAUUGCACUACCUCAAUGGCCUGGCAGACGCCAUUGUCAACAAGUAUGGCGGCCGCAUCUUUGAGCACAGCCAGGUCAUGCAGACCAAGGGCAACAAGGUCACCACUACCGAUGAUUUCACUGUGGAGGCGCCAAAUGUGGUGCUGGCAACCAAUUCACCCAUCCACCACAACCUGGCCAUCCACUCGCGCCAGGAGCCUUACCGGUCAUACGUUGUCGGCCUGCGCAUUCCCGAGGAGGGAUUUAAGGAGGGGCAGUACUGGGACACAGCCAUGCCCUACCACUAUGUGCGGCGGGAGGGCAACAUCCUUGUAGUGGGUGGGGAGGAUCACCACACCGGGGUGAAGCCCAAGGAGUAUGAGGAUAAGUUCAAAAAGCUGGAGGAGUGGGCUCGCUCCCGCUGGACAAAGGCCGGCGAUGUGGUGUUUGAGCCCAUUGACAUGCUGCACCUCAUCGGCAAGGACCCACUGAAUGAUUUCCAGGGUGGCGCCACAUACUAUGUAGCCACCGCAGACUCUGGUCAAGGCAUGACAGGCGGCACGCUGGCCGGCAUCAUUAUUGCCGACCAGAUCCUUGGGAAGGACAAUCCGUUUUCAAAGAUCUACAGCCCAAGCCGGCGGCCGCCAGUGUCGAUGAACACUCUGGAGGAGCUAGUCUCAGUCGGAAUGACCGUGACUAAGGGCCUGGGAGAAAACCUCAACCCGCUGUACCUGCAGGACAUUGAGGACAUGAAGCCCUGCAGCGGCGCUGUGGUGCAGAAGGGCGUCGAGAAGGUGGCUGUGUAUGUGGAUGAGAAAGGCGAGAAGCACACGUACAGUGCUCUCUGCCCCCACAUGGGCUGCGUGGUCCAGUGGAACCCAAAUGAAGGCACCUUUGACUGCCCGUGCCAUGGCUCGCAUUUUGACAGAUACGGCAAUGUGAUCAACGGGCCUGCCAGGGCAAACCUGAAGCCAGUGAAGCUUGGCUUCUUUGGGACUAAGAAAGCAUCAUGA